CGCUGCCCCCCGCGCUGCUGACGGCGCUCGGGCCCGCGGCCGAGGGCGCCCGGCGCCUGCACAAGUCGCCGUCGCUGUCGUCGUCGUCGUCUUCCUCGUCCAACGCCGAGUCGGGCACCGAGAGCCCCGGCUGCUCCUCGUCGUCCUCGAGCAGCGCCUCGCUCGGCCGGGCGGGCGGCGGCCGCGGCGGCGCCUUCUUCCACUUCGCGGACGGCCCUCCGAGCGCCCCCGGCGCGGCCAACGGGCACCCCGGGCCGCGCGGCCCCGCGCCGGCCGGCUCCCCGCCGCAGCACCAGUUCCACCCGGGCCGCCGGAAACGCGAGAACAAGGCCAGCACGUACGGCCUCAACUACCUGCUGUCUGGCAGCCGCGCGGCCGCGCUGAGCGGAGGGGGCGGCCCCGGGCCCCAGGCCCCGCGGCCCGGCACGCCGUGGAAGAGCCGCGCGUACAGCCCGGGCAUCCAGGGGCUUCAUGAGGAAAUAAUUGACUUUUAUAACUUCAUGUCCCCUUGUCCUGAAGAAGCAGCCAUGAGACGAGAGGUGGUGAAGAGGAUCGAGACUGUGGUUAAAGACCUUUGGCCGACGGCUGAGGUGCAGAUAUUUGGCAGCUUCAGUACCGGCCUCUACCUUCCAACCAGUGACAUCGACCUGGUGGUCUUUGGAAAGUGGGAGCGCCCCCCGCUGCAGCUGUUGGAGCAGGCCCUGCGGAAGCACAAGGUGGCCGAGCCCUGCUCCAUCAAGGUCCUCGACAAGGCCACGGUACCGAUAAUCAAACUCACAGACCAGGAGACGGAAGUCAAGGUGGACAUCAGCUUUAACAUGGAGACGGGGGUCCGGGCGGCCGAGUUCAUCAAGAACUACAUGAAGAAAUAUUCGUUGCUGCCUUACUUGAUUUUAGUACUGAAACAGUUCCUCCUGCAGAGGGACCUGAACGAAGUUUUUACAGGUGGAAUUAGCUCGUACAGCCUCAUUUUAAUGGCCAUUAGCUUUCUACAGCUGCAUCCGAGAAUUGAUGCCCGGAGAGCUGACGAAAACCUUGGGAUGCUUCUUGUAGAAUUCUUUGAACUCUACGGAAGAAAUUUUAAUUACUUGAAAACUGGCAUUAGAAUAAAAGAAGGAGGUGCCUACAUCGCCAAAGAGGAGAUCAUGAAAGCCAUGACCAGCGGGUACAGACCAUCCAUGCUGUGCAUCGAGGACCCCCUGCUGCCAGGAAAUGACGUUGGCCGGAGCUCCUACGGGGCCAUGCAGGUGAAGCAGGUGUUCGACUACGCCUACAUCGUGCUGAGCCACGCCGUGUCGCCGCUCGCCAGGUCCUACCCCAACAGAGACUCCGAAAGUACCUUGGGGAGGAUCGUCAAGGUGACGCAGGAGGUGAUCGACUACCGGAGGUGGAUCAAGGAGAAGUGGGGCAGCAGGGCGCGCCCGGCGCCGGAUCUCGACAACAGGAUCAAGAUCAAAGAGCACGUGGGCGUGUGUGAGGGGGAGCAGCCUCCGCGCCGGGACGCCGAGUCGCCCUACGGCCAGCGCCUGACCCUGUCUCUGCCCAGCCCCCAGCUUCUGUCCUCGGGCUCGUCUGCCUCCUCCGUGUCCUCGCUUUCUGGAAGUGACAUCGACUCGGACACACCGCCCUGCACGACGCCCAGCGUGUACCAGUUCAGCCUGCAGGCACCCACCCCUCUGCUGGCCAGCCUGCCCGCCGCCUUGCCCGUGCCGAGCGGCAAACCUCAGCCCAGCACGUCCAGAACUCUGGUCAUGACAACAACCACUCAGACCAGGUUUACGAUCCCUCCGCCCGCGCUAGGGGUGGGCCCCGUGCCCUGCAGACAGGCUGGCCUGGAAGGCGCGCCCGCGCUGAAAGCCGUCCACCACGUGUCUCCCCCCGCCCUGCCGGCCGGCUCGCCCAACCCCCUGUCCAGCCCGCACCUGUAUCACAAGCAGCACAGCGGCAUGAAACUGUCCAUGAAGGGCUCCCACAACCACGGCCAGGGGGGCAGCUACAGCUCGGUGGGCACUGGGGGCGUGCGGCCUCCUGUGGGCAACCGGGGGCACCACCAGUACAACCGCACCGGCUGGAGGAGGAAAAAACACACCCACACGAGGGACAGCCUGCCCGUCAGUCUCAGCAGAUAAUCCUCCUGGUGGCGCCGCCCGGCCCCCGCAGACUGUAGCCGGGCGGCCUCGGCGCCCCCAGGCCCAGAGACCAGCGUCCAGCCCGUCAGCCGGGCCGCCGCCCGCCGCCGAUGCCUCUGCAUGUCCCCGCGUGGUGGUCACGCCCGUCGUAGAGAACAGCUCCCUGUGCUCAUCUGUGAAGCCUUACCCGACGCGGACGCUCUCCUGCUUCCGGACCCUCCCGCCAGCGCCGGGGCGGCUGGGCUGGGAGCCGCGGGCCGGGCCGGGCCCCGCGUCCCUCGGUACCGCGUCUGUCCUUUGCAUCGGGUACCUUAUUUCACGUUGUCAGAGCAACGGCGAUCAGACCCCGUGUUCGCUGGGAGGUGUCCUCAUUGUUUUACUGCUCUCACGUUUUGUUUCGGAUUUCAGAACUUUUUCUAUGUAAAUAUUGAAAACUUAUGAUUUGUGCAAUAACUCAGAUAUUUUUUAUUUAAUUUCAUAUUUUCACAUAAGUUAUAUUUAAGGGAAGAGGGAAUUUUUUUAAACACGCUUAGAUCCUUUCCCGAGUUGCAUUUUCUAAGUUGGGUUCAUCGUGUCGGCUGGCGGGCUGAUGAGCAGCCUUAGGAAGGGAGACCUUGGGGAGGGGCCUGCGUUCCUUCUGUUGGUCGGACGUGAGGCCUCUCAGUUUGUGGUGAAGGAGCCGAGGCCCUGGCGGGUUUCGGGGGUGGGGUUCAGCUCCGAAGCCUGCUGACCAGCUGCCGGCCGGCUCUGCGUCUGGCCUGUCCUGCUCUGACCAUGGCGUUUGAAUGUUUUGGGUUUGGUUUUUUUUUAAACUAGACAACAGAUCCAGCAUUUAAAGUGCCAGAGUAUAACUUUCUAAAGGGAGAAAAGGUUGUCACAUUAUAAAAUCUUAAAAAAAAAAAUGUGAAUUUUGAAAUUCCUCAGUGUUAGUAACAUAGCUCGUGAUGAUGGGUCUGGUUCCGGACGGCGGUACCCAGUUUUAGGAAUGUGGAGAAAGGAAUUAUGUUGAUUCCAUUGCGGAAUCUGUAGCAGUAAGCACUCGUUCUGUUAAGAGCAUCUCUAAGAGAAGUACUUGAGCUGCUCGGCGCGCGGCUGGGGUGCCUUCACGUGUCACAGGAGAGCGGGGCCCGGUGCCGGGCCGAGCGGCCGGUGCCCGACUGGAGAAGCCUACAGGUGUCCUGUGCAGGUGUCCUCUGCCGUGACAGCACUGUCCUUGUCCCCAUUCUCGAGCGUGAAUAUACGCAUCCUGCCUCCCCCCUGAGUUUCUGGAGCACACAGGUGUCCUGGGAGUCGGGGGCCCUCCCAGGUCAUCCAGCACCCACUGUUAAAGUGGGGGUUCGGGCCCUGUCAACACUACAGGUGGGCUGGUCCUGGAGCCCACCGGCAGAGAAGGCCGAGGCGGGAAGCUUGCGCCCACGACCCGGCUGACGUGCGGACGUGGGCAGUAGUGGAGUGGGGUCAGUGUGGCAGACACCCCAAGGACAAGCUGUAUUUGGAAGCGUGACCGGCCACGUGCGUCGCGAGCUGCCGACCGCGCCCGCGGGCUCUCGGGGCGGCGCCAGAGCAGCGUAGCACACUUGGUCUGCAGCUCUCGGCGAUCGAAGGUUAUCAAAAAUAUUUAAAGAUAUUUAAAUUGUGAACCUAUUGAUAAAGACAUAUUUAUAAAACUGAUACGUAGACCCGUACUAAUCUCUACACAUUAGCAAUAUUGACUGUAACCCUCCAUUAAGGAAGCGCCGCGGGGACGCGGGGCGACGUGGGUGCCCCUCGUGGCGCUCGGCCCCAGGCCCAGGCGCCAGGCUCCCUACCCGUCACGGUGAGCGAAUGAAUUGGGCUGGCCGCCCCGUGGCCACGCGCCACAGGCUUAACAAGACAUCAUGUUUCAAUUUUUUGUGUGUGUGGACAAAAAUGUAGAGGUUCAAAUUGACAUAUUUUUAUGUAAAGUUUUUCUAUUCUUUGAUUUUUAAUAAACUUUGGAAACCAG